AUGAAAUAUGAUACGAAUGCCAAAUAUAAACUUGUUGAUUAUUGUUCCCAACUCUACUGUGAUAAUGAAAGAGAAUUAGAAAUAGUCAAUGAAUUUAAAGAUAGUUAUCAUCUUCAUACACCUAUAUGGUGGUACACUCGAGAAUGUUUUACUUACCAUAUGCUUAAUCGAGCAUUACGCACUCAUGAUAUUAAGAUUAUCAUUAGAAUGGGUUUCUUUCUACGAGAUCUGCAUGAGCAAAUUAAAAAAAUUUAUGAAGAAAAUAAAACAUUUCGAGAUUUAUUCAUUGUCUAUCGUGGUCAAGGUAUGUUUGUUAAUGAAUUUGAGAAAUUAAAGGCCAGUAGUGGUGGUCUCUUAGCAUUUAAUAAUUUUCUCUCAACAAGUACGGAUCGACAAGUAUCGUUAGAGUUCGCUCGUCAAACUCACAAUAAAGAUGACAUGGUAGCUAUUCUUUUUCAAAUCCAAAUCAAUCCGAUAUCUAUAUCUACCCCAUUCGCUCCAUUGGAUAAUAUUAGUUAUUACAAGGAUGAAGAAAAGGAGAUUCUGUUUUCAAUGCAUGCUGUCUUUCGCAUUGGUCAUAUAAAGCAGAUCGAUAGCAGACUAUGGCAGGUAGAUCUAAUAUCAACCACUGAUACUGAUCGGCAACUUCAAAUACUUACCGAAUACUUACGUAGUGAGAUUGAAGAAUCAAAUAGUUGGGAUCAAUUGAGUACAUUGAUGAUAACAAUGGGAUAUUUCGAAAAGGCCGAAGAAAUCUGUCAAGCAUUGAUCGAUGCAACGGCAGAUGAUAGAAAGAAUGAACUCGCUCACUACUAUCAUCAACUUGGUUAUAUCAAGAGUGCAAUGGGUGAUCAUCAACAGGCACUCGAUAUUUAUCAGAAUUCAUUAAAUAUGCAAUGUAAUUCAUCCGAACUAAAUCAAUUAUUGCAAGCUACUAUCUACAAUAGUAUUGGUGUAGAAUCCGAUAAGAUGGGUGACUAUUCAACUGCCUUGUCUUUUUAUGAGAAAGCAUUCGAUAUUCGAAAAUGA